GGGAGAGUCCUGACACGCCGCCGCGAAGGAGCCGAGGAGGAGCAGCCCGGCCUGGGCCUGCAGCCUUGUUCCGAGGGCCCGCCCUCCCCUGCCUGGACGGGGAGCAGGGCAGCGCCGAGGCCAAGCGCGGCCGAGCUCGCAGCGCCUCCCCUGCAGCCGGCGGUGGGUGGAGGGCAGAGGGAGGCGCGGAAGCCGCGGGCGGACGGAGGCGGAGCGCGGCGAUGGCGAUGUCCCGCGCGCAGCGGCCCCGGCCGGAGGGCGGCGGCUCGUGUCCUGCUGGGGCGGCCGCGGAGGGUGGCGAGGAGGAGGAGGAGGAGGUGCAGAUCCGCCUGGGCGACCAGUGCUUCCCGCCGGUGGGCAAGAGGAAGCUGCUGGAGCAGAGCGACUACUUCCGCGCGCUCUACCGCUCGGGGAUGCGCGAAGCGGCGGCGGAGGUGCAGGAGCUGCGCGGGGGGCUUCGCGCGCGGGGCCUGGAGCUGGUGCUGGACUUCAUCCGCACGUCUCGCCUGGCGAGCCUGGACUCGGAGCGGGAAGCGCCCUGGCUGGAGGCGCUGGUGGAGGCCGCCUGCUACUUGCAGGUGACGCCGCUGCUGCGCCGGCUGCCCUCGCAGGUGACGCUGCCCAACUGCCUGCAGCUGCACCACCUGGCGCAGGUGUACGGGCUGCAGGAGCUGCAGGACGCCUGCGUCGCCUUCAUGGCCGCCCGCUUCCACCAGGUGCUCCGCAGGCCCGAGGCCCGGCGCCCCCUGCUGCUGCUGCCCGGCGCCCUGAAGCAGCAACUGCGGGAAAAGCGCACGGGAGGCGCGGCCGCCUUGGUGGCGCUGGGCCACUUCGCGGGAGCCUCGCCCCAAGAAGACGCGCCGGGCUCCAUGCGCAGGUACGACGAGGGCGCCCGCAGGUGGCUCCCGCUGCCCGGUCCCCCGCCUCCGGAGCUGGCCAACGUGCGCGGCUAUGGCUCGGCCGUGCUGGACAACUACCUCUUCCUGGUGGGCGGCUACCGGCUCAGCAGCCAAGAGAUCUCUGCCGCUCACUGCUACAACCCCUGCCUGAAUGAGUGGAGCGCCCUGGCCUCCAUGAACCAGAAAAGGUCUAAUUUCAAGUUGUUGGCUGUUAGUGGGAAGUUAUAUGCCAUUGGUGGGCAAUUCCUCUCGAAUGUUGAGUGUUAUAGCCCAGAGCACGACUGGUGGAACUUUGCAGCAUCCUUGCCAGCCCCCCUUGCAGAAUUCUCAGCAUGUGAAUGUCAGGGCAAGAUCUAUGUCAUGGGAGGCUACACUACAAGAGACAGGAACUUGAACAUCUUGCAGUACUGUCCCAGCUCUGACAACUGGACCACCUUUGAAUUGUGUGACAUCCAUAUCCGCAAGCAGCAGAUGCUAUCAGUGGAGGAAACGAUCUAUAUUGUUGGAGGCUGUAUCCACGAAAUGGGAUCAAAAAAUAAAUCUAGCCAGAAUGAGGACAUGUUAACAGUACAGUCUUAUAACACUGCCACCAGAGAAUGGCUCUGCCUCAAAGAAAACACGUCAAAAUCCGGUCUUAAUUUGACUUGUACACUACACAACGAUGGGAUCUAUAUACUGACCAGAGAUGUAUCAUUGUCAACAAGCUUGGAGCACAGAGUUUUUCUAAAGUACAAUAUAUUUUCAGACAGUUGGGAAUCUGUUAGGCACUUCCCAACCUUUGGACAAAACAUGUUGAUCUGUUCUAUGUAUUUGCCAAAUCUGAUGUGAAUGUAAACUGCAAUUUUAUUUUCCUCAUAAAAUUCAUUAAUUGUUGAAAUAAGAAAUUUAUUUAUCCCAGUUACCAUCUUUUCCAAACUGAGCACAAGUUGUUUAUAUCCAAUAAAUAAUAGUUGUUUAUAUCCGAUAAAUAAUUAUAAAAAUUAUUUUAUUGGCCACUGUUGGUAUAUAUAAUACUUUAGAAGAAAAGUAUGUUUGCCGCAAGAAGUAUACAGUUGUAAUUAUAUGCCAUGUACAAGCAAGACAAAAAUGGUGGUGAGGUAAAGGGUAAACAUCUCCACAAGUUCUAUUUAUUUUAAUCUUUGCUUCAGCUGAGGAUCUAAAGAGUUGAGAUGAUGGAUUUCCGAAAUGGUGCAGGGCCUUAGCAACAGGUAGGGCCAAAAUGUUUCACUUCUGGAUACCACCUGCCUGUUGCAGCUAGGAGAUGUAGACUUGGGGAAGUUCGCAAAUCAGCUCAGAGAUAGUCCCACCCAGUGUCAGGGACUGGACUGAACAGAGGAAUGGGAAAUGAGCCCUUGGUCUGAUUGACUCCUCUCAGAAGAGGAGGGGGAAAGCUUUGCGUGCGCCCCCCUCUCCAGCAGUUUCAGAAGGAGAAGGACUGCUUCACAGCUGCUUGAAGAAAUGGCCUAGCUACAAGAUAGUGGAGGAGGAGGGGGAAGUUAGCAGCCAGCAGAGACCUCCCUGGAGAGUCUGGAAGAUCCUCCUUCACCAAGGGCUCCUAGGUCCCUACGCAUUCAAGAACAAAGGAUGCAAAGGAAGGAGUAUGACUCCUGGGACUUCCCGUAGAUUUUCAGGAUGUUGUUGGGGGUGGAAGAAGAAGGGCUCAGAGUAGCCAAAAUCUCCUAUGCGUGGAGACAUGGAUAUUUUGUCUUGCAACCAGAUGACUGAAUAAAAAGCCAUAAAAUAUGAACUGUUUAUUUUUCUUGCCUCUGAGGCUACUGGGGGAGGAGAGGAUAUGACACCCAGGUAAGUUGGCAUAGUUACAUCUUUCUGGUGAAACAACUAAUCAUACUUGGGAUAUUCAUAUCUCUUUACAAACAAAACAAUGCUACACAGGCUAUAGUCCAUCACUAGACAUUCUUUUGAUGGGCAGAGUGUUUGCCAUUGUGUUUAUCCUCUUCAGGUGGAAAUAGAACUUCUCACUCAACUUCAUUCACCCAGGAUCAAAAUGAGAUAUAAUAACUGAGUAUUAUAUCCAGUUUUCCCUUGGAGAUUUCUUCCUUGCAGUCAAGAUCAGCAGUCAGUCCUGAAAAAACAACUUUUUAUAGUCAUUUUGGGUCUAAGGUGUGUCAAGAUUAUGAUUUCACUUGGAAGGGAUGUCCACAUGCCAAAUAACGGUGAGCUCCAUUUAUUGUGUUCAGCAAAGAUUGGUUUGAAAGAUACAUUUGAAUCUCCCAAGUUUGAUGGGUUGUUUUUGACAUAAAGAUGCAAUUAAAAAAUUGUACUCGUGAGUAGUCCAAUUGACUUUAGUGAGGUUUAUCUGCACCAUCUGGGCUGUUUGAGAAGACUGUCUCAUGGUUGAUUUGGAGGUGAAAUAUUUUUGCACUUAGUUUUUUUAGCUGGGUUCUGGAGAAACCACCCACUUUGGAAAGUAUGAGCAGCAAGGGAGAAUCAAGGGUGGAGUCAUGGAAGAUGGCAGGAGACCUCGGUGGCUUAGAGCUGGUGGGUCCAGAAGUCAUGAGGAUGGGAUGGGAGAAGGGCAUGGUUUGGCAACUGAAGUUUGGACUGAGAGGUGUGACAAGACCAAUGAAAAGUAUGGGCUCUGUUUUACAAAUGAUACCAGAUAGACUUUCACAACUGCUUUAUAAAGGGAAAUUUCAUUAGCUAUCCUUAUAUAGUGGGACAUGGGUGGCACUGUGGUGUAAACCACUGAGUCUUGGGCUUGCCGAUCGGAAGGUCGGCGGUUCGAAUCCCCACGACGGGGUGAGCUCCCAUUGUUCGGUCCCAGCUCCUGCCAACCUAACGGUUCGAAAGCACGUCAAAGUGCAAGUAGAUAAAUAGGUACCGCUACAGUGGGAAGGUAAACGGCGUUUCCGUGCGUUGCUCUGGUUCGCCAGAAGCGGCUUUGUCAUGCUGGCCACAUGACCCGGAAGCUGUCUGCGGACAAAUGCCGGUUCCCUCAGCCUAUAGAGCGAGAUGAGCGCCGCAAGCCCAGCAUCGUCUCCGACUGGACCUAAUGGUCAGAAGUCCCUUUACUUUUUCAUCCUUAUAUAAUGAACAGGCUAGAGGUUUUCUGUACCAUUUCAAUGACUUCUGCAAAAUUCCCUCUCCUACUACAUGAUAUGGAAAGGCCUGCUAAAGCUCAUAUGAAAUUCUGUGCCAUCUUUAUAGGGCUUUGCUAUGAAAGGUUGCAUAUAAAGAUUGGAAUAAAUAAAUGAACUAGGACUAAAUCAGGUUAGGUGAGGAGGGAGAUAUUUCAGUGGGAAGGUGUCAGGAACACUUCUGCCCAAUGUAUAGGAGCACAGCAUCAGAGCGGCUUGCAGGCAGCUGGAAGCAGUCGUGUAUCAACUCCCCCUCUUCCCGGCAAGGAAUGGAAUGCAGAGGACCCGUUAGCAGGAGAGAAGCCAACUCUC